AUGAAAGUAAAUAUUUAUUUAUUUAUAUUUGGUUACGUAAUUAGCCAAGUAUCAAGUGAUAAUACUUUUGCUUUUCACAAUACUGAAUAAGCUUAUCAAUUUCUAAUUGAAAAUUAGGAUUAGUUAAUACUUGGUUAAUGGAUAGCAAAUUCAGAACACUUAGUUUACUUAAACAUAGUUUUUGAUAACCAAAACUUAUUAUUAUAAGUCUAUCCUAGAUAAAAUAACGAUUACAAAGAGACCCACUAUUUCAGAUUGAGUUAUCUAUUAAAUAAAAGCUCAUAUUACUUUGAUUCAGUCAAAAAGUAUCUGUUGAUUAUUACCUUUUAGUCGAAUGACAUGGAACAAUGUCUUAACUGAAGUUACUCUAUAAAAUAAUAAAGAGCACAAUCCUUUUUAAUGUUAAGCAAAACUUUAAUUAGAAAUAAAAAAAUCCUAAAAUUCCAAAAAUCUUAAUAUUUAUAAUGAAUUUGAAGAUGAUUGUUAAAUGAAUGAAGAAAGAUUAUAACUAUUAAUGUUUAACAAUUCAAAAUAUUCAUUAGAUGUUUAAUCCUAUACUGCUCUUAUCAUAUUCAUUUCACUCUUUCAAAUUAUUAAUUCACAUUACUAUUUAAAUUCUAAUUGUAUGCCAAAUAAAGGUGGUUCCCUUACAAUAUCCAUAAUAUUGACUUAAGACAUUUAUAUUUGCAUAUUUAGCUCAUUACUAUUUGAUACACCAAGAUUUUAUUAUUUCAUUCCUUGUUUGGUUUGUCAAUUGAUUACUAUAUUAUCUGAUCUUAAAUUGAAAGCUAAAUUAUCAGUAAUUAUAUUAUAAUAAUUUAUAGGAAAAAGAGAAGUACAGUAAGAAAGACAUACUCUUAUUUUUUGUUGAAAUGUCAUCCAUUUCAUUCUUAUUCCUUUAAAUAAAAUAAUGGUAUGGAAUUACCCUUCUAAAUUUAUUUUUAUUACCUUAAAUAAUAUUCACAUUUUUUACUGGAAACCGAUAGAAAUUUAACUAUAACUACAUUGGAACCAUUUUCCCUAGAGUAAUACUUUCCAUAUAUUUUACAGGCUAUUCAAAUAACAUUUUAUAAUUAAAAUAUAAUUUAAUUGUUGUUGGGAUAGUCUUACUUAUAUCUAUAAUCUAAUCUGUAUUAUACUUUAUUUAAUGUCAAUAUGGAUUAUUUAUACUUAAGAAUAUGAAAUUUAAUUACCUCAUCAAAUCAACAGAUGAUCAUUCCCAAUUAGAUUGUUCAAUAUGUCUUGAUAAUUUAAAAAACACUUCUGAAUCAUACAAAAUAAAUUGUGAAGAACCUGUACUUAUUUAGACUUUAAAUGUUGCCAUUUAAAAAUAAUUAUUAAUGAAUACACCAUGUGUAAGACUUUAUUAUAAUUCUUAGAAUCAUUUAUUUCAUCCCUCAUGUUUGAUAUAAUGGAUGUAAAUAAAUCUUACUUGUCCAUUGUGUAAGAGUUCACUUCCAUAAAUAUGUUGA